CGGGCCUCAGCUCUCACUUCUCCUUUCCCUUCUGGGGAUUCUCUCUGCCCAUACAUUUCCCCAGCUCAGASCGGUGAGGGCCCCGCGCCGUUGAGCCAUGGCCGGGGUGCUCUGGGGGGUCCUGCUCGCCUGGGCACCGCUGGCGUGGCUGGCAAGGGCUGGGCAGUCCCAGGAGCUCUCCUCCUCCUCGGGGUUUGGGGUUUGCGACCGGUCCCUGAAGCUCUCACGCCUGGAGGUGCUGCCGGGCGGGGGCUGGGAUAACCUCAGGAAUCUGGACAUGGGCAGGGUCAUCAACCUGGGCUACUCUCAGUGCAAGACCACCGAGGACGGAUCUUACAUCAUCCCGGACGAGAUCUUCACCAUCCCCCGCAAGCAGAGCCACCUGGACAUCAACUCCGAGAUCAUUGAGUCCUGGAAGGAUUACCAGAGCGUCACCUCCGCCUCCAUCAACCUGGAGCUGUCCCUCUUCUCCGCCAUCAACGGCAAGUUCUCCUCCGACUUCCACCGCACCAAGACCCASCAGGUGCGAGACCGCUCGGUCACCACCCGGGUGCAGGUCAGGAACCUGGUUUACACCGCCAAGGUGGACCCCGAGGCGGCCCUGGACGAGGCCUUCAAGAAGCAGCUGCUGRCCAUCGCCAGCCACCUGGAGAACAACCAGACGAAGAUGGCCGAUUUUCUGGCCGAGGUGCUGGUGCUCAACUACGGCACCCACGCCAUCACCUCGGUGGACGCGGGAGCCRCCCUGGUGCAGGAGGACCAGAUCAAGGCCACCUUCCUGAAGGACAGCUGGGCCACGCACAGCGCCGUCACCGCCACGGCCGGCGCCACCUUCCACAGCAUCGUCAGUGUGGGAAUGAAGGAAUCCCUGGAUGCCGGCUCCGACUUCACCAAGCGCUACCUGGAGAACCGCACCAACUCCAGGGUGGAGAGCAUCGGCGGGACCCCCUUUUACCCAGGCAUCACCCUCAAGGSGUGGCAGGAGAGGAUCCAGAACCAGCUGGUGGCCCUGGACCGCGCAGGGCUGCCGCUGCACUUCUUCAUCAAGCCGGGCACGGUGCCGGAGCUGCCGGCGCCCACGGUGCGGAAGGUGGCCCGGCGGGUGGAGAUGGCCAUCCACCGCUACUACACCUUCAACACYGCCCCGGGCUGCACCGACCCCUCCUCGCCCAACUUCAACUUCCACGCCAACACCGAUGAYGGCUCCUGCCAGGGCACCGUGGCCAACUUCACCUUYGGGGGAGUCUUCCAGGAGUGCGCCRGCCUGGCCGGCCCCGACGCCGGUGCACUGUGCCGGGYGCUGGAGCAGAAGAACCCCCUCACCGGGGCUUUCUCGUGCCCUGCCGCCUACACCCCGGUGCUGCUGGGCAUGCAGGAGCGGGAGGAGGGCCACAGCCACCUGGAGUGCCACAACAAGUGUGUCCUGGGCAUCUUCUGCCACCGCGAGUGCCAGGAUGUCUUCUGGCUCUCCCGGGUGCRGUUCAGCGCCUACUGGUGCGCUGCAAGCGGGCCAGUGGCCCCAAACUCGGGAUACCUUUUCGGGGGGCUGUUCAGCACCCACAGCGCCAACCCCCUCACCGGAGCCCAGUCCUGUCCCUCGGGCUACUUCCCRCUGCGGCUCUUUGGCGAGCUCAGCGUGUGCGUGAGCCAGGAUUACGAGGCGGGGGCCGAGUACGCGGUGCCCUUCGGGGGCUUCUUCAGCUGCCAGGCGGGGAACCCCCUGGCYGGGCAGCACCGGGGCACGGCCGGGGACCCCCACGCCAAGGGCUGUCCCCCGGGGUUCAGCCAGCACCUGGCGCUCAUCAGUGACAGCUGCCAGGUGCAGUUCUGUGUGCAGGCCGGGCUCCUGACGGGGGGCUCGCUGCCGCCCGCCCGCCUGCCGCCCUUCACCCGGCGCCCCGCCAACCUGCCRGCCGUGGACACGCUGCUGGUGCGGGACGGGGCCAGCACCUGGGUGAGGGACGGCCAGAGCCACGUGUGGCGGCUGGCGCGGCCGGACGAGGCCAAGCACGUGGUGGAAAUGGUCGGGGGCCGCRGGCUGUCGGGGGGCCAGGUGGCCGGAGUCACCGCGGCCGUGCUGGUGGGGCUGGCCACCGUCCUGGGGACGGCCUGGUACGGCCGCCGGCGCUACAGGGCCAGGGGGUACCGCUUGCUGGGCACAGGGGAUGGCACGGCCACSGCCGGCCCUGAGCCCAGCACAGUGCUGAAUGUGGGCGAGGGCUACCAGCAGGAGCCAGAGGGAACGGUGCCCUAAGCGCCCCC